AUGUCUAGGAUGUAUUGCAAUCCUUACUCAAAGAAAUCAAAGAGUCCGUUGGCAAAGUUGUCCAUACGUGUACCGGAAAACAACCCACCCGCGUCUGAAUCAGAGUUUCAACAGGAUGAGCCAAUACAACAUAAAUCUAUCAAGGCACUACAGAGCUUAUUAGGAGAACCCGUUGUUCUCCUUCCUCUGAAUAACAGCAGCUCCGCUUCUUCCUCCAUCAAAUCAACUAGUCCCAAUUCUAGUCAUUUCGAAAGAAUAGCUCAAUUGCCAACACCUGUAUUGAAAAACGGUUCCUUUUUCAAUUAUAGUCAAGGCCAACAAUGCAUCUUGUCGUCUCCAAUACCACGCGAAACUUUUGAAGUAGCCAAUUCUUUGGCAGGCAAUAGAAUUUUAUCUGACUAUAAACCAAUCCAUCGGGUUCAUAGCUUGCAUUAUGAUAAGAGAGUCACGUCCAACCCCGCUGAAACUCGAUCUCCUCAGCAUCCCCCUAGUGCUGCUUCAAGUACCGUAUCAUCCAUCAACUCAAAUAAAUUGAUAUAUGAACAACAACAACAACAACAAAAACAACAAAAACAACAUUCUGUUAUUGCAGAUUCGCCAAUAACACCAAAUACCUCACCCGAGAUUCCCAAAUCUUUUGCUUUUCCACAAGAACAAAAAUUUUACUCCAAAAGAUUCGAUAUAACUUUCAAUUUUGUUAAGGAAUUGGGCCAGGGGAAUUUCAGUCAUGUUGUUUUAGCCAAUUUUUUCAACGAAGAAGUUGCUGUAAAAAUCAUCACCAUUCCUGACUCUAAGUCGCAAAUAACCAAUUUCAAAUCAUUUAUACGGCGAGAGUUGAAUAUUCUCUACCACGUGUCGUAUCAUCCAUGUAUUACUACUUUGAUUGAUUAUAACAUAUCCUUAGAUAUAGACCAGCUGGAAAUUGAAGCUGAUACAAUUCCUUGUGAAGAAAAUCUAGAUGCAUCAAGUACCACCGCCGCCAAAAAUAAUGAACUGUUGUUGAAUAGCAACCAAUUGAUUUUCAUGAAUUAUUGUCGUGGAGGCAACUUAUUGAACUUUCUUCAAGACCAUAAUCAGCAGAUGAAUCUUUAUAAUAUCAACUAUUGGACUUUGCUCAAACGUAUUGCGUGUGAGAUUAUGGUUACCACGGCAUUUCUACAUGAAAAUAAUGUUGUUCAUCGAGAUAUAAAAUUGGAAAACAUUCUUCUUCUUUACACUGCCGAAGAAGCUGACCAAAUCUUUUUGCACGAUCAAUUAAUGUCUACGCCAUUUAUAAAUCUAAGCGAUUUUGGACUUUCAAAAAAAUUACAAACAUCAGAUCAAUUACUCCAGACUAGAUGUGGAUCUCAAGAUUACAUCUCCCCCGAGAUUUUGAUGGGGUUGAAAUAUGAUGGUAAAUUGACAGAUACUUGGUCAAUUGGAGUUUUAGUCUACUGCAUCUUGGAAGGUAAACUUCCAUUUGAUAUAACUCAUGAUUCAUCAAGUGCUAUGCAACCCAUCAAUUUGCCGUCCUCGGGAAUUUCUCCUUCUGUGUUAAAGAGAAGACGCUCGAAAAAGACUAGCACGGCACACCGUAUCGCGAUGAUUGAUUGGAACUGGAACAAUGUCGUGGAGUACCUAGCAAAUGACGAAAUUGACUUGGAAAUCAAGAAUAUUUUCAAACAAUUGAAAUCGUUUGUUGAUAAGGUGUUGGUGAGAAAGGAUAAGAGACCAAACUUGAAACAAGUUUUUCAACUUGAUGAAUUCAGCUGGAUUAAGGAAUGUGUUCCUAAUAGCAUUGUUGAGUUUAAAUUGUAA